GCGCGGCCGUCCCGCCCAGCCCCUCCCCGCUGGCGCCCGCCCGCCCCGCCCGCCGCUACCGCAGUGCCGCGCCGCAGCGCGGUGUCGCCGUCAGCCGGAGCGAGAGCGGGCGCUGUCCUCUGCCAGACGACGGACCGCUGCUCGGCGUCCCCCUUGCCUGAGCCAGAGCGUCCCCAGGCCGCGCCAGCCCCUCCCCACCCUCGGGCAGGAUGGGCAAGGAGAAGACCCACAUCAACAUCGUGGUCAUCGGCCAUGUGGACUCGGGCAAGUCCACCACCACGGGCCACCUCAUCUACAAGUGUGGGGGCAUCGACAAGAGGACCAUCGAGAAGUUCGAGAAGGAGGCAGCUGAGAUGGGCAAGGGCUCGUUCAAGUACGCCUGGGUGCUGGACAAGCUGAAGGCGGAGCGGGAGCGAGGCAUCACCAUCGACAUCUCCCUCUGGAAGUUCGAGACCACCAAGUACUACAUCACCAUCAUCGAUGCCCCCGGCCACCGCGACUUCAUCAAGAACAUGAUCACUGGCACCUCACAGGCCGACUGCGCGGUGCUCAUCGUGGCAGCCGGCGUGGGCGAGUUCGAGGCGGGCAUCUCCAAGAACGGGCAGACACGGGAGCACGCACUGCUGGCCUACACGCUGGGCGUGAAGCAGCUUAUCGUCGGCGUGAACAAGAUGGACUCCACGGAGCCCAGCUACAGCGAGAAGCGCUACGAUGAGAUCGUCAAGGAGGUCAGCGCCUACAUCAAGAAGAUCGGCUACAACCCAGCCACCGUGCCCUUCGUGCCCAUCUCGGGCUGGCACGGGGACAACAUGCUGGAGCCCUCCCCCAACAUGCCGUGGUUCAAAGGCUGGAAGGUGGAGCGCAAGGAGGGCAAUGCCAGCGGCGUGUCCCUGCUGGAGGCGCUGGACACCAUCCUGCCCCCCACACGCCCCACCGACAAGCCCCUGCGCCUGCCACUGCAGGACGUGUACAAGAUUGGCGGCAUCGGCACCGUGCCCGUGGGCCGCGUGGAGACGGGCAUCCUGCGGCCGGGCAUGGUGGUCACCUUCGCGCCCGUGAACAUCACCACGGAGGUGAAGUCGGUGGAGAUGCACCACGAGGCGCUGAGUGAGGCGCUGCCAGGGGACAACGUGGGCUUCAACGUGAAGAACGUGUCCGUGAAGGACAUUCGCCGGGGCAACGUCUGUGGCGACAGCAAGGCAGACCCGCCCCAGGAGGCCGCCCAGUUCACCUCCCAGGUCAUCAUUCUGAACCACCCCGGGCAGAUCAGUGCUGGCUACUCGCCAGUGAUCGACUGCCACACGGCCCACAUUGCCUGCAAGUUCGCCGAGCUGAAGGAGAAGAUUGACCGGCGCUCAGGCAAGAAGCUGGAGGACAACCCCAAGUCGCUCAAGUCUGGUGAUGCAGCCAUUGUGGAGAUGGUGCCCGGAAAGCCCAUGUGUGUGGAGAGCUUCUCCCAGUAUCCGCCUCUCGGCCGCUUUGCCGUGCGCGACAUGCGGCAGACGGUGGCCGUGGGCGUCAUCAAGAACGUGGAGAAGAAGAGCGGCGGCGCCGGCAAGGUCACGAAGUCGGCACAGAAGGCGCAGAAGGCGGGCAAGUGAAGCGCGGGCGCCCGCGGCGCGCCCCGCCCCGGCGGCGCCGCGCCCCGCCCCCAGCCCCGCGCCCCGCCCCCGCGCCAGGCGCAUGUCUGCACGUCUGCUUGUAAGAGGCUCUCGGUCACCGACUGGAUGCUCGCCAUCAAGGUCCAGUGGAAGUUCUUCAAGAGGAAAAGCGCCCCCCCGCCCCGGCUUCUGCGUCCUGCCCCCGACGCGCUCAGUGCCCGUUGUACCAAUAAACUGAGCGCCCAGA